AUGGGGCCAGCCUCCCAUGAACCUGGCACCAUGCCACUGGGAAUAGCGCGACGAACAAUGGGCAUCGUUCUUCUCCUUGUCGUUGUCGUGCUGUGGACCACCUCAAACUUCCUUGGUAGUACCAUUUUCGCCGACAAGACCUAUCCCAAGCCUUUUUUCGUCACCUACACCAACACAUCCAUGUUUAUCAUGCCGCUCUUCUUUAUUCUGGGCCGCCGCACAUGGGCUUUGUGGCGCCUCCGGAAAUUGUCUCAAGUUACUUCGGUCGGCAGCUUUUUGAGACUCUUAGAUUCUCAAGAUCCCAACGCGGAGGAGCAAAGAAUGCUACAGGAUCAAUCCGACGAGGAGAACUGGCGACCCAGACGACGCUCAAGUACGCAGAUUUCGGGCCAAAAGCUGGGAUUAAAGGCAACGGCUAAACUCAGUGUUCAAUUCUGUCUUCUUUGGUUCACUGCAAACUACUUCGCUAUGGGCUGUCUGCAAUUUACAACAGUUGCGAGCACAACUAUUCUCACAUCCACAAGUGGUGUCUGGACCCUGGUCUUUGGUGCCCUGCUUGGAGUGGAAAAAUUCACUCCCCGCAAAUUCAUCAGUGUCAUCGCUUCCUUGAUUGGCAUUAUCCUCAUCUCCCGCGUUGAUCUCUCCGCGCCCGAUGAAGGUGCAACCCCAGAUGGUAGCGGAGGCUCAUUCCCUCACAAGUCCACUGGGGAAAUUGCACUCGGUGACGCUAUGGCAGCAUUCAGUGCUAUUAUGUACGGUCUUUACACCAUUGUCAUGAAGAAGCAAGUGGGUGAUGAGUCCUUGGUCAACAUGCCUCUUUUCUUUGGGCUGGUAGGAUUCUUCAAUGUUGUCCUGCUAUGGCCCGGUUUUUUUAUACUCCACUGGACUGGAAUAGAAGAAUUCGCUUUCCCUGAGGCUGGUCGGGUUUGGCUCAUCGUUCUGACCAACUCACUCGCGUCUUUCUUUUCGGAUAUCGCCUGGGCCUACGCCAUGCUGCUCACCACUCCCCUUGUCGUUACUGUGGGCCUUAGUCUGACUAUUCCCCUCUCCCUGGUUGGACAAAUGGUCUUACAGUCGGAGUACGCAAGCCCACUCUAUUGGGUCGGUGCAACUAUUGUGGUCCUGUCGUUCCUCGUGGUCAACCAUGAGGGCAAGGCUGAGGACCAUCACAUCAACCACAGCGGGGAAAACCGACGCGAUUCGGGUGCUUACGACAGCAUUCCCGUCGAAGAGGAGGAAAUGCACUAA